CUACCUAGCUGGAGGUACUUGACUACAAAGUUUUAUAUCUACCUAGUACACAUCCCGAGGUCGGCUUCAUUCACUGUCUUCUCCGGUCGACCUACAACCACUUUGCGCCACUAAUCACCAGCCACACUAUCCAGCCACACCUGCACCUCCAGCUGCCCAGGUGCACCCAUCGUUUCCAGCUGGAGGAACACCAGGAACCUCCAGCUUACCUCCACCUCCCGAUUCCUAAGCUUGCCCGGGCAGGUGAGUCUUCCAUUCCCGAGGUCACCACCACUUUCAAAUUCACUUCGAUCAACAUUCAAAUUACCUUCAAGGUUUUCAUCUUGUCAUACUUUCGGCGCCUUUUCGGUUUCCGACACCUUCCGAAACCAUUCAACCACGUUGCCUUUGCCUCCAUUGCCUUUCCGCGAUCAACGGGUUGACCGUGCCCUGGUGGAAAGUAAGAGAACAAGAGAACACUUCUCAUACAAACUCGACUCGGCUAGGCUUGUGAUUGAUCGUCCUCAAGGAUCCAAAAAGUUUACCGUAGUUACAACAUACAUUUUGUACAUGUGUACAUAGUAAUUUAUAUCUGUCGACAUCAAACCUUAUCUCGUUUUUUUCUCAAACACAGUCAGCAUAGCGGCGACUUAACUCACCGACUAGCCAGGUGUCAUUUCUUCUCGGCUCUUCUUGGAGCAUAAGUUCACUCGUAUCCUCUCUGCCGUUUCUGCGGUUAUCCUCUCAUUCAAUUUCCUCUGAACUGUCGGCAGAUCUUCAAAGUUCAAGAUGGGUGGACAACUUGACGUCCUGGACAUUGUCGUCCUUGGGGUUCUAGCUUUGGGAACGAUAGCAUACUUUACAAAAGGAAAAUACUGGGGUAUCGUGAAGGAUCCCUAUGCUACCAGCUAUGCCGCCACCAAUGGAAACAAACCCGCAAAGACAAGAAAUAUCGUGGAGAAGAUGGACGAGUCCAACAAGAACUGUGUCGUCUUCUAUGGUUCGCAGACUGGUACCGCAGAAGAUUAUGCUUCUAGAUUGGCAAAGGAAGGCAAGAGUCGUUUCGGCUUGGAGACCAUGGUAGCAGACUUGGAAGACUACGAUUACGACAAUCUCGAUACCUUUGGGGAAGAUAAAGUCGCAAUUUUCGUACUGGCUACGUAUGGUGAAGGUGAACCAACCGAUAACGCUGUCGAUUUCUAUGAAUACUUCAUGAAUGAGGAUGUUGAGUUUUCUAGUGGCGAGAAAUCGCUCAAAAACCUCACAUUUGUUGCAUUUGGUCUCGGAAACAACACCUACGAACACUACAACUCCAUGGUCAGAAACGUCACAAAGGCUUUCGAGAAGCUCGGCGCUACAAGAAUUGGUGAAGCCGGUGAGGGAGAUGAUGGUGCUGGUACUAUGGAAGAAGACUUUUUGGCCUGGAAGGACCCAAUGUGGACUGCAUUGGCCGAAAAGAUGGGACUCCAGGAACGUGAAGCUGUUUAUGAACCGGUUUUUGGUAUUACAGACAGGGAAGAGUUGACAAAGGAUUCCUCAGAAGUUUAUCUCGGCGAGCCAAACAAGAUGCAUUUAGAGGGCACAUCGAAGGGUCCUUACAACGCUCACAACCCUUACAUCGCUCCUAUCUCCGAAUCCAAGGAGCUUUUCUCCGUCAAAGACCGAAACUGUUUGCACUUGGAAGUCGAUAUCAGUGGAUCUAACCUCAGCUAUCAAACCGGAGAUCACAUUGCAAUUUGGCCAACAAAUUCCGGAAGAGAAGUGGACCGAUUCCUCAAUGUUACCGGGCUUUCUUCCAAGAAGGAUUCUGUCAUUGCCGUCAAAGCAUUGGAUGCAACUGCAAAGGUCCCCUUCCCUACGCCAACAACAUACGAUGCUAUAGUUAGAUAUCACAUGGAGAUAUGCGCACCUGUAUCACGUCAAUUCCUUGCCACUUUAGCCGCCUUUGCCCCCAAUGACGCCAUCAAGGCCGAAAUGGAAAAGCUUGGUGGUGAUAAAGAUUACUUUCACCAAAAGAUCAGUAGCAACUAUUUGAACAUCGCCCAGGUUUUGCAGGAAGUUGGUGGUCAAGAAACGUGGAGCGCUAUCCCAUUUUCUGCUUUCAUUGAAGGUUUGGGCAAGAUUCAACCUCGUUACUACUCUAUUUCGUCUUCCUCGCUUGUACAAAAGAAAAAGAUCUCCAUUACGGCUGUUGUCGAGUCAAUCGAUAUUCCUGGAAGAACCGACGCUUUGAAGGGUGUUACCACAAAUUAUCUCCUUGCAUUGAAACAGAAGCAACAUGGCGACGACCACCCCGAUCCUCAUGGCCUCACAUACGAAAUCACAGGACCACGCAACAAGUAUGAUGGCAUUCACGUCCCGGUACACGUCAGACACUCUAACUUCAAGCUCCCAUCCGAUCCAUCUAAGCCUGUCAUCAUGAUUGGUCCUGGAACUGGUGUUGCACCUUUCAGGGCAUUUGUCCAGGAAAGAGCUGCACAGGCAAAGGCUGGCGAGAACGUUGGACGAACAAUCUUAUUCUUUGGAUGUAGAAAGUCUACAGAAGAUUUCAUGUACAAAGAUGAAUGGAAGGAAUACGAAGAAGCCCUUGGUGACAAAUUCUCGCUCAUCACUGCAUUCUCUCGUGAGGGUAAGGAAAAGGUCUAUGUCCAGCACCGUCUCAAGGAACAUGCCAAAGAAAUCAACGAUCUUCUCAUGCAAAAGGCCUACUUCUAUGUUUGUGGUGAUGCCGCAAACAUGGCUAGAGAAGUCAAUACUGUUCUUGGUAAAAUCAUAUCAGAGCAACGUGGCAUCCCGGAAUCAAAGGCUGAGGAUGUUGUAAAAAGUAUGCGAUCCGCCAAUCAGUACCAGGAGGAUGUGUGGUCAUAAAUACAUUAUUUAUCGUUUUCACACACACCAAUCUAUACCUCCAAAAAAUUCAUUCAUCUUUCAUAUCCUACACUGUCAUCAACCUCCCGAGCCCACUACGCCACUCCUUUGUUCUUCGGCGGAUCUUUCUAGAUUUUUUUACUCCUCUUCGAUAAUUAUCGUAUCUGGUGUUAACUACCAUGCGGUCAUCCAGUUCGCCUGCAUAGUUUGCCUCUACCAUGCCUUGUACUCGCUUGCUUGUUUGCUACCUCACGCGUACAAAAUUAUCAAGCCAGCAAAUCGGAUCAAUUGGCUCAAAGAUCUAUCAUUACUUGAGACUCGAGAGCAACGCAAACUCCGUUUUUUUCCUUUUCAAAAUCAAGCACAGUAUUUGCAACGGGCGGAUCCAGACAAAUUUGGAUGGAGUUUGAUUUUUUGACAAACAGAUCGACCUACUCGAGGCUCUGUCGUUUGUUUACAAGGAUUGGAUUUAGAUUGUGAUGGGUGCCCUUGUCUUAUUCACCCGGAGGAUUUCCUAAUGAAUGUUUUAUGGAUGAAAUGGAGAGGAUGGCAUGGAACAAUACGGAGGCUGGCUGGGAUGGGACGAGAAGGUACGGGAGGGGUAGGGAACGUUGUCGCUGGUUCAUUAUUUACAACCAGUACAUUACUCACGAUGCGCGCAUGAGAACAUAGAAAGCAGAACUCGCAUGUAAUUUUUUUAAGUCUCUUUUUCAAACGUUUUUCUUGUUAGAUAGGUUGGGUGGUGUACCUACAGUACUUAGGUAGUCGAUAAGACAAUUAGAAAGAUUCAAAAUUACUCUUUUUGUAUAUGAAUGGGGUACCUAGGUAUAUCUUGAGCUUGCGAGACGAAUGAUCUUUGCAAAUUGUCUACCUAGGUAGGUAUAUCGAGUA